GAUGGCUGCUUGGAGUAAAUUACAGGAGAAACUAACUCCUCGGAAUUCCGCUGUUGCUGCAGGCGUAGUGGUACUUUGGUGGAUAGCUCGGACACGAUGGCAAACAAACGGCAAAAAGCAGUUAAACAGAGGAAAGACCACAUUUAACCUUUCUGAGGCAAUUGAACAAGAGCGCCGUGAAAGGGAAAAAACUGCAGACAAGGGCAGAGAUAAAGCAGCAGUAGAUGGUGUCUUCUUCAGAUCGAGUCACACGUUUGUCAAGACACCCAUGUAUUGCGUUAGUUUAGACUUUGACCCCGUCACCUUGCCCUCAAUUCAUUUCAAGAUGGCUGCCUGGAGUAAAUUACAGGAGAAACUAACUCCUCGGAAUUCCGCUGUUGCUGCAGGCGUAGUGGUACUUUGGUGGAUAGCUCGGACACGAUGGCAAACAAACGGCAAGAAGCAGUUAAACAGAGGAAAGACCACAUUUAACCUUUCUGAGGCAAUUGAACAAGAGCGCCGUGAAAGGGAAAAAACUGCAGACAAGGGCAGAGAUAAAGCAGCAGUAGAUGGUGUCUUCUUCAGGAGAUUAUGUCGUAUUUUAAAGAUUGUGAUUCCAAGCUGGGUGUCUGCAGAGGCUGGCUACAUGUUACUGGUAGCUGUGGCCCUAGUCUGUCGCACAUACUGUGAUGUCUGGAUGAUACAGAACGGAACUUCCAUUGAGAGUGCAAUUAUUGGAAGAGACAUGCAACUUUUUAAGAAACAUUUAUUCAAGUUCAUAUAUGCCAUGCCUUUGAUCUCCUUGAUGAAUAAUGUUUUGAAAUUUGGAUUAAAUGAAGUUAAACUGCGUUUUAGAACCAGACUCACAGAUUACCUGUACGACAAAUAUCUCAGGGGGUUUACAUACUACAAGAUGAGUAAUUUAGACAACCGAAUUUCAAAUGCUGACCAGUUGCUGACACAAGAUGUUGAUAAACUUUGUGAAAGUAUUGGGGAACUUUAUUCCAAUUUAAGCAAGCCUGUACUUGAUAUUUUUCUGUAUGCUUUUAAACUAGCUGGAGCCAUUGGUAUUCAGGGUCCAGGAUACAUGUUGGCUUAUUUAGCUGUCUCUGGACUUAUACUUACUAGGCUUAGAAGACCUAUUGGAAAAAUGACUGUGAUAGAACAAAAGUAUGAGGGAGAAUUCCGCUAUGUCAACUCUAGACUCAUUACAAAUAGUGAAGAAGUAGCAUUUUACCAGGGAAACAAAAGAGAAAAAGUCACAAUAGAAGGAACUUUUAAGAAACUGGUGGAUCAUUUAAGAACACUCAUAAACUUCCGGUUUAAUAUGGGACUGAUAGACAACAUAGUAGCAAAAUACAUUGCCACUUUGGUGGGAUAUCUGGUCGUAAGCCGUCCCUUCCUUGACCUGGCAAACCCUAGACACUUACAUACCUCACACAGUGAGAGGCUAGAGGACUACUACAAGUCUGGCAGGAUGUUGGUCAGAAUGGCAGAAGCUAUUGGAAGAGUUAUCCUUGCUGGCAGGGAAAUGACCAGACUGGCUGGGUUCACAUCAAGGGUGACAGACCUGAUGAAGGUCCUGGAUGACCUGAACAAAGGGCAGUACCAGAGAACCAUGGUGUCCAGUCAACAGAAUGCUGAAGGUGAAAAACCCUCAGUGCCACUGAUCCCAGGAAGUGGAAGGGUUUGCUACCAGGACUAUAUUAUCAAAUUUGAAUCUGUCCCUUUGGUUACCCCCAAUGGUGAUGUCCUUAUCAAGGAGAUGAACUUUGAGGUCAAGUCUGGGAUCAACGUGCUAGUGUGUGGCCCCAAUGGAUGUGGAAAGAGUUCUCUAUUCAGAAUACUUGGAGAGCUUUGGCCACUAUUUGGUGGUACAAUGACCAAGCCUGACAAAACCAAACUCUUCUACAUCCCACAGAGACCAUACAUGACAUUAGGUACUUUGCGAGACCAGGUCAUCUACCCAGACACCAAGCAGGACAUGAUUGAUAAAGGUGUCAUUGACAAGGACCUAGAUUAUUUCAUGGAAAAGCUUCAGAUGGCUAGAUUGUUUUACCAUAAACCCCAGUUUGCUAUCUUGGAUGAGUGUACUAGUGCAGUGAGUGUAGACGUGGAAGGAUUCAUGUACCAGCACUGUAGGGAGGUUGGCAUCAGUCUUUUUACAGUGUCUCAUAGGAAGUCACUAUGGAAGCAUCAUGAGUACUAUCUACAUAUGGAUGGUCGUGGAAGUUAUGAAUAUAAACCAAUAACUCCAGAAACCACAGAAUUUGGGUCUUAACUAAGACCAGUGAGAUUGGAUAAUGUGAAUUAAAUUGUCUCAAAACUUCACUGUAAUUAUGCGAUAAAGUAUGUCAUCAGUUGAAGAGCAUAUUACAGUUCAAUCUUGAACACCAGUAAUAUUAAACAAAUUAAAUUUUGAUGGAUUUUUUUUGCUCAGAUUUUGCUACAUUUGCUCUUCUCAAUUUCAGAAAUGUCUGCAUAAAAAUAAAAUUUGAAAAGCUUAAAUCUUGAUGUUGCACAGACUGAUAAAAGAUUAGUUAUGUCCAUAAAAAUUUAACAACGUAUAUAGAAAAUUGCCAAGAUACAUCUGGUUGGCAUUGUGCUAAUAUUUGUUUCACCAAUUUUUAUGUACUUUGACUGGUAAGGAUAUUUAGAGGCUAAUACAGUUCAUUCCAGAUUUAUGUUCACUUGGGUUAUUUUUGAUAAUAUAAUUUUGUUUUUAUCAACUAUCUUUGCAUUUCAAUAAUGACAAUAUGGCAAUUUCUCUCUCUUUUGUACACUUGUUUGCUACCAAAACUAGGCAAAUUUCAUUCAUGCAGGCCCACAAAGUCCAUGCUAUUAUUUUUAUUUUCUAAUGCUUGCUUGUUAACAUACCAAGUUUUAGAAUCAGCAUAAGAUUGUACUAAUUUUAGAUGUAACACCUUUUUUGUGGGCCAAUACUUAGAAUUAUUUAUUUAAAGAGUCCAUUUUUGACAGAAAAUGUUAUGGAGUGGAAUUGGUAAGAUUUUAUACAAGAUGUACAUAUCAUGUACAGUAUUGGAUAAAUUGGCAAUGAAUUUUGGCCAGUUAUUAGUCAUGUUUAUUAAGUCUAACAAAUAAUGAAAAUUGUAUAUAAGAUGUUUAAAGCCAGUUUGAUAACCUUAAUGUACAGAAGACCUAAAAUUAUGUAAAUCAAGUCAGUUAUGAAUUGCUGUGAUGAAUAAUCUCUUCAAAGUGAAGUUUGUGGACUGAAAUGAUUUGAAAACAAAAUUUUAUCAAAUUAUGCCAAUAAAGAAAAACAGAUUAUCAUAAAUUUGUUUUAAUAAUAAUUUCUUUCUUGAUUAUAAUAGCAUGUACACAACGGGACUCACGCCAUAGUUGACUGUUGAAAAUUGAGAAAAUGUACCUUCACCUACUUUCUGUAAAAAUCUGCAUGUGAAAGAUCAAAUGCACUGUUGCUUCAAAUGCUGAAGUGAAAAAGAGAUCUAUUAAGAGAAUGAUGGGCAGUUACAUCAUGAAAAAGACUAUUGGCUUAUUUUGGCACCUUUGGACCAGGUUCAUCCACCAGCCAUUUUUUACUUGAAAUUGGAAGGAAGGGAAUGGAAAUGUAUCCACAGGUUCUGUCAUAUAACAAGUAAAAUUACUUUUGAAUGUUCUUAACUUAAAGGAUACACAAAUGGAAUGUCAUUUUCUUUUGCUCAGAUAAGAGAUUAUCAGCUGUUUUAAAAUAAGUUUACAUGCUAGCGAAAACCUUUGUAUAAAAAAAUUACACAUUUAUGCAUGCGCAGGAAAUGGGAUGUGCACUAUGGUGUUCUGAAAAUCCAGAACACGAAAAAAUUUUCAAAAGCUUAAAUUUUGAAACAACUCUGACAAAAUAUUUUACUCUGCUGUUGGCCAGUUCAGCAAGUAUAUUGCCAGCUGUUUGGGUAUUGGUAGCUGCAUCACUUUGUUUAUGGGCACAUUUUGCAGAAUAGUUAUUUUACACAUCUGUUGCAGAUUCA